UUAGCAAUGAUUCCAAUUGACUACAUUUAGUAAUGAUUCCGAGAAUGAUACAAUGUGAAAGAAGGUUUUUCUGAAAUGGGCCCCCACAAGUUGGUCAUGCAUCUUCGAACCACGUUCGAAAGCGGCAAGACCAAGCCCAUCGAGUACAGAAUCGAGCAGCUGAAAAGCUUGAAGAAGAUGCUCCAAGAGAAGUCGGAGACCAUCUCGCAGUGCCUUUACGACGAUUUGCACAAGAGCAAACACGACUCGAUCUUGAUGGAGAUCGACUUCUGCAUCAACGAUAUUCGCUACACGCUGAGCCACAUACGAGAGUGGGUGAAACCGGACUAUCCCGCCACCAGUGUUGCCAACAUGCUGGACACCGUACAAGUGCUGAAAGAGCCAUUCGGCGUCGCUCUGGUGAUCGGCGCGUGGAAUUACCCGUUGCAGCUGGUUUUGGGGCCGCUCAUAGGUGCGAUCUCUGCAGGCAAUUGCGUUGUCAUCAAGCCUUCUGAGCUGGCGCCGCGCACCGCGGACUUCCUCGCAAAAAACUUGCCCGAGUACCUCGACAGGGACGCCUACCAGGUGUACGAGGGAGGCGCUGCAGAGACAACGGAGCUGUUGAAGGAGCGCUUCGACUACAUUUUCUAUACGGGGUCCACCGAAGUGGGCAAGAUCGUGCACGCGGCCGCAGCCAAGCAUUUGACGCCCACCACGCUCGAGUUGGGAGGCAAAAGUCCCGUCUACCUUGACAACACGGCCGACCUCGAGACGGCCGCCCGCCGCAUCCUUUGGGGCAAGUGCGCCAACGCGGGGCAGACCUGCGUGGCGCCUGACUACCUGCUGUGCACCAAAGAGGUGCAGCAGGACCUCGUGCGCGUGUGCAGAAGGGUGAUCGAGGAGUAUUACGGGAAGAAGCCGCAGGAGAGCGGCGACUACGGCCGAAUCGUCAACGACCGGCAUUUCCGGAGAGUGACUGCGCUACUGGAAGGGUGUAAGGUUGCUGUGGGCGGCGAAACAGACGCCGGCGACCGCUACAUAGCGCCGACAGUGUUGACGGACGUCAAAGGCGAUGACGUCAUCAUGCGGGAGGAGAUCUUCGGGCCGCUGUUGCCAAUCGUGCCAAUUCGGGAUGUGGCGGAGGCGAUUCGUUUCAUCAACGAGCGAGAAAAGCCGCUCGCCAUGUACAUUUUCUCCAACAAUACGCGAGACGUCGACCGCAUCCUUCGAGAAACCUCGGCGGGCGGCGUCACCGUCAACGACACCAUCAUGCACUUGACGGUGAACACGCUGCCCUUCGGAGGCGUGGGCGGCAGCGGCAUGGGCAGCUACCACGGCAGGCACAGCUUCCUAGCAUUCACGCACGAGAAGGGCGUGCUGAGGAAGAACUUGGGCUUUGUGGGUGAGAUGCUGUCCAGAGCCAGAUGGCGGCUCCGACAUUUCAGGUACCCGCCCUACACCAAAGGCAAGCUUAGCUACCUGAGCGUGCUGCUCAGACCGGAGCUGGUGGUGCCCACGGCGUGGCUCAGACAUGCGCUCUCCUUCGGCCUGGGCAUGGCCGCCUGCUACACUUUUUUAUGUCUCUACAACAUGCGACGAGAUUGAAUUUCUUUUGUCUCGCGCUCUUGUCACGCUAUCUGUCAUCACGAUCAAUUUUUGUUUGUUAUUUUUCAGUAGGUUGGUAUUUCCCAAAAUACAGGGUAUAUUCGCUACCUGAGAAAAAGACUGUCACGAUUAAAUAAUGAAUAAUGUUGAGAGGAGCAAUUUGAAACUUUGCGGUAUAUGGAGGAAAAUAUGGCGACAUACGACCGUAACUGCGUCACAGGUAAUCAAAAUUCAAAAAUGGAAACUACAUGUGACUACACUGAUUAAUCUGGAAUAUUAUAAGACCAAGUUUCUAAUUUUUUGCUCCAGGGCAUUUUAGGACAUAUUCUCUCAUUCUAACUCACCCUGUAUAAUCGCACCUGCGAAAUAACUGUAUACGAACAAAAUUACCAUUAUACAUCAGGCUUUUGACGAAAUUAUACUUAAUAGGCACUGUAUCUGCGAACGGGGGGGAAUGGCACAUUUUUUAUAUGGCAAUAAAAACACGGAAUAACUAUUGAGAAGACUGACAUAUUUUCAUUCAAUUCAAUUCACGAAAGAUUUUCACCUGAAUUAUGAUAUCCUUCUUGGAGAAGACUAAGAUGAACUAUGACUAUCUCAUUCAGAGUAACACGAAUAUUUGUAGGCACUUCUCAAAAUGUGAUUCUCUUGCAGGUAGCAAACCUAUGAUUUUUUUAUUUAUACCGUUCGAUAGUACCGCCCCCCAGUACGAGUAUCGUGCAUUUGAAUUGUGACGGUUUGUUCAGUAAAUCUGCAUAAUUUUAUGUCUAUUGAUGUAGAAAAACGAAUUUUGCGGAAUUUCAAGUUAUGACUGUCUACUUUCUUAGAUAGCCAUCUUUAUGAGCUAACGCGAUCCAUACCGAGUGACACAGGUUCAUGGUGUACCCCCUUUCCUCCUUGGUUUUUCUAGCUAUACUGGGUGACCGGGAACCAAUUUACCCCCUGUACCUUUCUUGCUAUUUUGAAUGUAUGUUUAGAAUUUGGUACAUCGAUUUGAUUUCAUGAGUAUAUAAUUUCGCUAGUAUCGGACCAAAUAUGCCACUUCCGGUUUAACCGGAAGUGAAUCCAUUUUUUUUGUUUCAAAUACAAAGUAUAUUUUUCUCUGGAAAGUACGAUUCAGUAUAAAAUCACAUUCCCAACAUUAUAACACAAUCAUACUGUCAAUCUACACUCUACUCAUAUAAUUAAGAUUUCAUAAAUAAAAUAUUUUAUACAAAUAGUUAUUUGUUUUACUUGGCAGAAAAGUAGUAGAUUGACUGCCGGGGCUGACAGUUCAUAGCCGAGCGUAGCGUCACCCACCGCGUUCAAUUGUAUUUUCAAAUCAUCCAGGAAACAGGAAAUUUCAACCCAAUCGGUUCAGACGUAAAAGUAGCCUAUGAUCAUCAAAGAUGAUGUCGGCUUCUAAUGGUGAAAGAAUUUUUCAAAUCCGUCCAGCAGUUUAGGAGCCUAUUCAAUUCAGACAAACACAUUCAAAUCUUUCCUGAAAAAAAAAAAUAGCAGUGGUGUUGAAAUAUAAAGAAAAACUGAAAUUGUAAAAAAUAGUUGGUGUGCAUAAAAAUGAUUGUGUGAAAAUUUAGACAUCGAGUUGUUAUUACUCACAUGCUAUUGUUUCAAUAUGCAAAUAGCACAUUAUUUUGCAAAUAUUCAGUUAGGAGGGUAAUACAAAAUGUAUUUUUUUGUAAAAUCUCUAGUAUAUGACUAGAUUGUGGAUUGAAAGUAUUUUAUUUAUUUAUAGUUGGAAAAGUAAUUUUAUACUUUGUAUUCGAAAUUAAAAUAUUAGGUGCACUUCCUGCCAAACCGAAAGUGUCAUAUUGCGUCUGAUACUAGCAAAAUGUAGAGUCACUGGAUGGUAUUAGUUAGAUAAGAGUUCGGACAUAGCUGAACUUCUGUCCUUUUCUAUUUUCUAUAUUACAAUGGUAUGAGUGAAUAAAAGAAUAAGACAUAUAUUCUGCUCUUUAUCUUUUCAAUGUCCCUGGUAGCGCCUGAUUGUCAGAUACGAUUUUAGACGUUACAUUUUCUGUCAAAUCAAUCAUAGCCAUAGAUGUGAAAUAAGAAUAGCGUAUAAACACCCACUUCAAUUUAUAGCUUGCAUGCAUAACAACAUUUUGAUGACCUACUUAUAGCUAGUUUGGUCGGUAUUAAAAACGCCAUUCAAUGAUAUAUCACGUUGCAAUUAACUUGAUUUCCUCAGUUCUGUUCUCAUAUUUUCAAUGUCAUUACGUAGUUUUGCAAUCAAUUCCUCUUUCUCCAUAAUAGUUUCGUUUUGCAUUUUGUGUGAUGAUGAUGAUGAAUUCUCGUUUCAAAUAGUCUGUUUUGUAAAUGAAUUCUCUCAAACGUAUCUCAAAAUCUUCUGUUUGAAAAUGGGCCUAAUAUAUAGUUUAAAGAAAGUGAAUUUUAAUGUAUGUACCCCACAAAUUUUGCUUGUCUUCAAAUUAAUUCUUCAUCCAGGCCGUUUCAUACAUUCCUUCCAAAAGAGAAUGGGGUUGAUCCUUUGGCGAAUUAUAUAAAUUAAAUCCAUUCUCUUCAGAACUCCCACAAUUCUUUACACAACAGGACAUUUUCAUUCAUUCUUUCUUCUCAAUAGUUUAUGAAAUUAUAGUUCAAUUAUGACGUUCAUAGUAUUUAUUGUCAAAUUCAAACAAUUUUUAACGAAAAAGCGCGGAACGACUAUGGUGCUCGUCACAAUUCAAGUUAGAUAAUGAAUCUAAACAUUCAAAAACACCAACAGUUGUUGUUAUUUCUGUGUCCGAACUCUCAUCUAACUAGUGACUCUAGUCAUGAGAUAUGAAGAUUAUGAGUUCUGUGCGUCACAGCCAUUGAGCAAAUGUAAACCUCGAACGCGAAAAUUUUCGUAAUUAUAUGAAAUAAUUCUAUCAAACCAGCAGGUAUCGUUGGAUUCGUUACAAUAAUAUCUUACCAAUCAUGAAAUGAAAUGUUUCAAUUGAAAAUCUAAAGUUCAUAUCAUUUCCAGGAAAAUCGGAUGAUGAAAAAUAAUUCCUAAAAUGUGAGAAAGUGCCGUCUAGUGAGCAUAUUCGAUGACUCAAAAUUCAGAGUUAUAGCUAGAAAAAAAAGGAGACCAUGAAUCUGUGUCACCCGGUAUAGGUCAUGUUAACUCAAGAUGAUCAAGCAUUCAUCACUUACAGAAUUUAAUCGAUUAAUUGAUUUUCGGAAGUAGGCCAUGACAAUGAUUACAAUAUUGACUAGCAAAAUAGUGAAUAUACAGGGUGUAAUUUAAUUGAUGGCUAAGAAUAUAGGAUAUGGUUCCUCAGCUCAUUUCAAGAAGAAAAGUUUAUAUGAACAUAUUCUCUCAAAUUUUGAGCUAUAUAGGGUGUUAAAAUUCCAAGAAAAAAUUCGUUUUCUUAUCAACUUCAAUUUUAACGAAAUUUUAUAUGCACCUACACCUACUGAGCACAUAUAGGCAUUUUUUGAUGCAGGAGAUUUUUCAAUAUUUCUACCAAUAGCGUCCGUAUGGGAUGUAUACUGGAGGUUUUUCCAAAAAAAUAUUGGCUUUCUCCGAAUAUAAAAAUCAUUUUUGAAAUCCCCAUUUGUUUUGCAACAAUUAGACCACUAUACCGUCAAUAAAUCGACGUCGUAAUAACGUCUAAACACUGUCUCAAUUUGGACUUGAAAACGUAUAGAAACUUUUUUCGUUCGACGCUCCGUUUCUGCCUAAAAAAACUAAAACUAUUUUCAUGAAUUCGUGGUACAACAAAAUUAUUUUGAACUAGUAGACUGGUGUCCUAUUUUGUAUUUAAAAUAUCGACAUUCGACAUGUAUACAUAAACGUGACAGUUGUUUCUUCUUUAAUCAAUAAUAAAGAGAAAAUAAAAUUUUAAGUUAAGAGGUUUAGGGCAUAUGUUCAUAUGAACAUGUCAUUUUUAAAUGAGCUAAGGACCAUUAACUAUAUUUGUAGCCAUCAAUUAAAUUACACCCUUAGGCCUGAACAUAUAGCCAUGAUGGAAUUUUAGUAUGGUGUGCUACGACGUAUCUUCGUAUACGUCACUGCGAGUAAAACAAUUGCUCACAGUCUAAGCUCAGUUAUCAAUUCACCCGAGGGUCCGUUAUCAUUUUGGUGCGAGUGUAGACUAGCAAUGACGUAAUGCGCUGAAAAGACGAAUUCAAGAUACCUGAGUAGCGCACCAUAUUAUAUUUCCACCAUGCAUAUAGCUAGAUUUGCAAAAGUUAUCAUGGCCAUCUCUUCAAAGUAAUUCAAAAAUCGAUUAAAACAUUUUAAUGCCCGUAUUUCAAGAAGUACGAAAGAUGAUAUAUUAGUGUGAUAUUUUCGGAAACUUCUUUCUUAUUGUGAGGAAAUAAUUAUAUAGAGCGUUUAAAUAAAAAUAUUAUACACUGUUAGGGCUGAUACACGGUGGAUGGCACAUUAUACGUUUCUGGAGAACGCAAGGUAGGAUUUUACUGAAAAUUUGGUUUCUUAGAUGAUUAGUUGUGUUCUAUCCACCUAAAAUAUUCUAAACACUGCGACGAUGCCGCUUAUAUUGAAAAGUAGCAACAUCUUCGAUUUUUUGAAUGGGACACCCUAUAUAUUAUUCCAUUUUCAGAUUCUUCCUAAAGAGCUGAUUUCAUAGAUCUAUUGCACUUGGGGUCUAGCGGGAAUGAUAACAAAGAUAGGGUGUGAAACUUGAAGAAUUUCUUGUGUGGAAACUAUUCAUAAUUAGUCGAAACGGUUUUCAUCUCCCUAGCUCAACUUUUCAUGUACUGAUAUUUAAUUGGAAUAGAUAUACAGUGGUGGUUGAAAAUAUUAAUUCUGAAUCACCCUGUACCUAUUUUAAUUGAAUAUCAAUUGAUAGUAAAUGAAAAGUUGAGAUAGGAACAUGAAAACCGUUUUGUCCAAAUAUGAAUAGUUUCGACACAAAAAAAUCUUAAAGUUGAAAAAUCUCGAUUUUUCACGCCCUAUAUCUCUGUAAUUGUCACUGCUAGACCCCAAGUGUUAUAGGUCAAUGAAAUUAGCUCUUCAGGGAGAAUCUGAAAAUGGAAUAAUAUACAGGGUGUCUCAUUUAAAAAAUCAAAGUUGUUGCUACUUUUCAAUAUAAGCGGCAACGUCGCAGCGCUGAGACUAUUUCAGGUCGAUAGAGCACAACUAAUUAUCCAAGGCAUCAAAUUUUCAGAAUAAUCCCAAGUUACGUUCUCCAGAAACGUCUAAUGUGCCUUCCACCGUGAAUCAGCCUGUAUAUAUUAGUUGAUUUGGGCCGAGAAAAAACCCUUGUUAAGCUGUUUGUGAUGCUUUUCUACUCUCCAAAAUGUUAUUGCAUACAUAUAAAUUAUUUUUCCAAAACAGUAGAUUGUGGUAGAAUCAAAUUAUACUAAAUGUUUUAGUUUUCCUUCCAAUUAUUGUUAGCUUUUUGUGAUCUGCAUGCUGCAUGCAGGUUUCCUCGCGCUCUCUUUCCUCAUCCAUAAAUUUCGAUCUGGUGGCAGGACGAACACAAUUUUCUAAUGGGUACUACAAAAUUUUCAAAACUUUUUCCAGCAUUUACUCGUUCAGUUUGAAUGGAUACCAUUUUCAAUUUGUAAGAUUUACAGAUGAGAUUGUAUUAUUGUUAUUAUUAUAUUACAUUACAUGUUUGGUAAACAACUGAAAAUUCACUGGGAAAUUUUCAAGAAACUAUAUAUAUACAUCGCAACUAUUCUGGUCCAUAAUUUUGCCUAUAUAUGUUUAUUCAACUGUUAGUGUUAGUUUAGUAAGAGGUAUAGUUUUUGAGGUGAAGAUGGUGUGAAUCCUAUAUUAUUUUUCUAUUAUUGUUAUCGAGAAAUUUGAAAAUAUACAUGUAUUUCAAAUGAA